AUGAGCGACAUCAACGGAAAGGCACCUGUCAAUGGUGGCACCCAGUCACCUCGCACUGCUGAGCCGGUUAUCAAGGUUCAGCCACCGCGUCGAGAGGAUCUUCAGCCUAGCUAUGCGAGGGUUAUCCAGCCUGACGAUGCUGAUGCUGACACUAACGGCUGGUAUGGUGGCAUGAUCAACACCCUAGGAGGCUGCAUCGGUACCCUCGGAGCCAUCCCCUGCUGCAUCGUCUGCCCCAACCCCUACAAGCCCGUGAACCAAGGAAACGUGGGUCUCGUCACCAAGUUCGGACGAUUCGCCCGCGCGGUCGACCCCGGACUCGUCUACGUAAACCCACUGUCAGAGCAACUCGUCCAAGUCGACAUCAAGAUCCAGAUCGUCGAAGUCCCCAAGCAAGUCUGCAUGACCAAGGACAAUGUCUCCCUUCAGUUGACAUCAGUCAUCUACUACCGCAUCACCUCGCCCCACAAGGCCGCUUUCUCCAUUUCCAACAUCCGCCAGGCGCUUGUUGAGCGUACGCAAACGACUCUUCGCCAUGUUGUUGGUGCGCGUGUGCUGCAGGAUGUGAUUGAGCGUCGUGAGGAGAUUGCUCAGUCGAUCCGUGAGAUUAUCGAGGAGACGGCGCUUGGAUGGGGUGUUGAGGUUGAGUCUAUGCUCGUCAAGGAUAUCAUCUUCAGCCAGGAUUUGCAGGAUUCGCUCUCUAUGGCUGCGCAGAGCAAGCGUACCGGAGAAGCCAAGGUCAUCGCUGCGAGGGCUGAGGUUGAGGCCGCUAAGCUUAUGCGUCAAGCUGCCGACAUUCUCAGCAGUGCUCCUGCUAUGCAGAUCAGAUAUCUCGAGGCUAUGCAAGCAAUGGCUAAGUCCGCCAACUCUAAGAACCAGACGGUUCAGAGCGCUCUCGCUCAAGCCGACUCCGUUGGCGAAGGACCCAGCUCCCACGGUGCCAGCCCAAUGGGUGUGCAGAGCUCUGCAGCACAGGAAUACGGCGGCAACAGCCACGGCUUCCAGAGUGCUAUCAACUCGCAUGUCAUUGAGAACAUGUAA